UAACAACAUCGUAUAAUGCGAAUGGCGGCGGCUGUACCAGACGGUGGCAUGAAGCCACUACAAAACGCCAUGAAACUGGCUAACGUUGCGAUACAGCUUGAUGCGGGGAACAUGCAUAAGGUAAAAUGCAUGGCUAUGGUAUACUGCAUUUCCGGAGAGAUGACAUAGUUCAGGCUGUUUGUGUCCAGUUUGCCUUGAUAGCUACGGUAAAUGGUUCAGGAGGCUUAUUGUGAAUAUUUGAGGAGUAUCAGUUAUAUAUGCCACGCGUUGCUGGAAGAUGCUGGAUCCAAACAAGCAGAAAUGGUGCCAUUAGAGGUGGAUAAAAUGCUGAGAUUGGCUGAGCAGUGCCUGGAGAGAGUGAAGUCCUUCGCAGGAAAGAAGCUGGAUGUCACUGCUGAGUCCAGCCCCACGUCAGGGUCCCACCUGUGCCCUGCCCACACGAGGGCCGGUGAGGGGCUGGGUGGGCUGCAAGCUGCUCUCUGCACUGCGCAGCCCUGCGCCCAGGUUCCAGUGGCUGUACACUGCCCCCUGCGUCCUCCCGCAGUGCUUCCAGCACCCAAGCUCGAGUCUGGUGACACCCCCACCCGACACCGCCGGGUCUUGUCUGACGGAGCAGGAGCCGCGUCGCCGUUUCUUCCCCCUGAAAUUUUCCAGAAAAUGCAGGCUGUCAACGCACAAGACGCUAAAAAGGAACUGACACCACUAGAAGAGGCUUCACGGCUCAAUCAGAAGCUGAAGGCGAAUUAUGAAGUCCGCCUGGCACGUCUCACCCCUGGACAGGCGACACAGAAGACGUCCCUGACCCUCUCCCUUCAGAGGCAGAUGAUGGAGAACCUUAUCAUCGCCCGGGCUCGGCAAGAUGCUCUUCACCGGAAGAUGGAGGAGAGGAGAUUGAGAUUGCAGGAGGAGGCCAGCAGGAGGUUAGCGGCCGUGGGCAUGAUCACGCCGGAGGAGCAGGAACAGCGCGUCCUGUACGCCAGCGUCCUGGAGUACGAGCAGGAUCACGACUGGCCAAAAAUGUGGAAAGCCAGCUUGAAGAGGAACCCCAAUGACAGCACACUAGUGUCAGGCCUGGUCUCCUACCUGCUGAGCUGCCCAGAUCACCCCGUGGUCCAGCUCCUGAAGACCCUGCAGUACAAUAUAUACGACCGCCUGUACCCCCUGGUGAGCCAGUGCCCCCCCAUCACCGCCCCCUCCCAUUUGGCCAUCAAGACCUCGGUCAGCGCCCAGAACCUGCGCUCCGAGUCCAGCCUGCCCGCCUCGCCGCCCUCCUACCAUGACCACAAUGCCAACCGCGAGGGGGAACCUGUGCUCCCCGACCGGGAGAACUCCUUCGAGGACCUGGAGCAGUUCAUGACGCAGAUGGAUUUGGAACCCGGGUGCGAGCGCCGGCCCGAGGUGGUGUCCCACAUCCAGGAGCUGGAGGGCUUGGCGCUCCGGGAACCCCUCAAGAACAUCGUUAAGGACGUGCACGCCGCCAUCGAUCGCCUCCUCUCCCUCUGUCUUCUGUCCUUUGAGUGCCUCAACACUGCCGCAUCCAAGGACCUGUGUGUCGCCUGCAUCGAGGAGGCAUUCUUCCCCCCGCUCUGGGGCCCCCUGUUGGUGCUCUUCAGGAAAGUGCACAGAGAAAGGGAGCUGUCCUUCGAGACGAGUGUCCGGUUGUAUCGCAACACCACGCCUGCUGAGGUCGGCGUCGCGGCCAAACUCUUCCCCAGGGAGCCGUGUCCUUUACGAGCUUCCUACCCCUAUGAGUCGGCCGUGCAGGAGCUCCGGCUGCUUUCCAGGGACCUGUGUCCGCAGAGGAAGCUCGAGUGCAUCGUGCGGACGUUACGGCUGAUCUGCGCGUGUGCAGAAGAGUACAGGAGCCUGCAGGAGCCGGACGCCCCCCCAAGCACGGCUGCCAUUGGGGCUGACGACCUCCUUCCUAUCCUGUCUUAUGUGGCACUCCGCACCGAGAUGCCCCAGCUAGUGUCCGAGUGCGCCGCCCUGGAGGAGUUCAUACACGAGGGGUACCUGAUCGGCGAGGAGGGAUACUGUCUCACCUCCCUGCAGAGCGCGCUCUCCUACGUGGAGUCCCUGCACCUGGCUGGGCCUCAGCACCUAGGCCCCGCCUCCACCUGAGGCCGGGGAGUCAGUCGCCCUGGGAAUAUCGGCAUGGCACCGGGCAGGACGGCGAGGGCGAUUGGCCGUCACUCCACCCCGCCCGAGUCAGCGCCCCCUGUUGGCUGGAGUAUGCAGACUGGGGAUCUUCCUGCCGCCUCUCCCCACCCCCCAGUCCAGAGAACUGGCACCCUGGAAGCGAUCAUCUCCUGCCCCCCAUCGUUUUUAGGACACGCCACCCCUGAAUCUGUCUGUCUGCACAUCCCUCACUAUAGACGGACCUCUGGUCUCCGCCGCUCGCCUCCCUGGCCUGUCUGCUGCUCUGACAGCUGGCUGACCACUGUGACUGCUGUUGGGGGAAUCCCGUCACACCAGGGGGGCCUGUGCGAAGUGGACGCUCAUCUUUUUACAGUCAUGUCGUUUUAAUCUUGUAUUAACCAGCUGGCGGUUACUGCUGUUUUACCAGGUAGUCAGGAAUGCCGGGAUUAGCAUGAAGCCUGUGGAUUUACAUGCAGAUCCGUUUUUAUUUCCCCAGUCAGGGGUCGCCUUUCCGGUCCUGUCCUGCUACUUUUCCGCCCCUUGGAAAGCCUGCUAGAGGUCCAGUCUGCCACCUUCUCUGAACAGAGAUGUCAUGCUUUUGUUAAUAUUGUUAAUAGUAUUGCUUCCUUAUUCUGAGUUGCUUCAGCCAUGGAGUGUAUAGGGAUUGAAGAACGGAGUCAGACUGCUUUGAAAGUCUCCAUUUUUAUUUAAAUACCCUCUUCUCGAGUAUUUUCUCACAAACUGCUUCUGUAUAUUUAUAAUCAGAUGGAUAAUCCAGAUUUCUAACAGUGCUUGUAGAUGUAAAUUUGUAAAAUCUCUUUUGCUCUUUACAAAGUGAGGCCUGUGUACAGAGAACAUUACUACCGUGUGUGUGUGUGUGUGUGUUUGAGAUCUAUGUUUGGAACAUGUGGAGGAAGUGUAGUUAGUGAAUGUUAACCAUAACUAGAUCGGCCAGCCUCGCCGUGAAUUAAUUUAUUGCCCGUGACAAGUGUUGCAUCCCUGCAGGCACCUGUUGCCUGUUUAAGUCUCUUGCUUCAUCCUGCUGUCCAGCGCAUUUUGCAGCAAAUCUAUCUGCUGCGUGAACAUGUGGAUCUGUGCACACUACUGACUGACUGAGGGACGCACGUGCAUCUAGAGCUGCUUUCCCCCGUCGCCCUUUGGCGACGAUCGCCUUGGUUUGUACUUCUUAAAGCUUAGUGAUGGAUUAAUGGAUUUUCAGUAUAAAAACAUGCUCAAAACCACGGUGGGCCACUAAAGCCCUGAAAUUUUGUCCUAGCUAGCUGAGGGUUGCCUUGGUCACUGAAGGAAAGCUGAGAAAAUGAAGAACAGAUUUUCACAUGUGCUAUUACAGUCUAGAAGAAAAAUGUAAAUAAAAUGGCCGCAAUUAUGUAAAAACAGAAAAAAGAAAAUGUGUUUUUUUUUUUUUUUUUGGUCCGCUUCACUCCUUUCAGGGUCUCCCUUUGUUAAUGGAAGAGUUUAAACUUCUAAAUUGGGUGAUGCUGACAGUUGCGUGUUAGGGUGUGUGUGUCUUUCUGCACUGAGACCAUAUCUGUUGUUGCUAUGUGUCCCAGUCAUUCCUGUCAUUUGGAAAUCCACAAAUGGUCCCAGGUGGCGAGAGAAUCCGUAUAAAAAGGCUUGCUUUUAUUUUUAGCUUCAUGUUUGCAGUAGGAGGAAUAUCUUGAGUGUACAGAGGUGUCCAGUAGGAGCGGCCUCUCAGGGAUCAGAGAGCUUAGGCUAGCAGAAGAAUAACGUAGUGAUGAGGUGGUGUGGCUUGGUAUUUCACUGGAUGCACACGUGCCAAAACAGCCCUUUGUGUAUAUGAAUUGCUCCCAUCAGUUGUAUUUUAAAUGUUUUUUUUUUUAUUAUUUCUGGUAUUUAAAUGCUUAUUUUAUUUAAUCGGAAUGAAAUCUGAGUUGCGCACGUGUCUGACUGUUAGCCUUGCUUGUUAAUUUCUGAAUGCUACCCAUUGAAUGCUAACUUGUUUCUCAAAGCCUUUCAGGAAAAGAGGGGAAAAAACCACCUUCCAGACUUCAACAGCUAAAAUUCACUGUGUGUAAUAUGGACAGGAAGUGACACAAUCUAAAAGGAAAUACCCACAAUGCAAUAUUUGUGCUGCUAUUGACAGUGGGUCAGCGGUAAACAUAGACGUAAAACAGAAAAUGCGUUUGUGUCCGCACAUCAAUGCGACGUGUUUUUACUAAAUGAUCCCCCUCCCCAGCUGUGGGGGAGGGGCAGAACUCUGUCUGGAAUAUAGUUUGAAGAACAAUAAAGAUGUGGGAAAUGUUA